AUGUCUCGGCCAAUUCUGAUCAUUGGUGGCGGCCUAGGAGGUCUCUGUUUAGCACAAGCCCUCAAAAAACAUAACAUCCCGUUCAAGCUCUUCGAAAAAGACGCAGAGAUCGACUAUCGCCCGCAAGGGUACCGACUGCGCAUCAGCGAGGAUGGGAUCUAUGCCCUUCAAUACGCCUUGACACCAGAAAUAUACAGGCUUUUUGAACAGACAUGUGCUGCGGGUCUCGCAUUUGGGGUCCAGGUCAAACCGGACGGGUCGCCCGUGGAUGCCGCACGCCGUAUAGGGCCACCUCCCAUCAAAGGUCCCAAACCGUAUACAGUUGACCGGACUACAUUCCGAAAAGUACUUCUUACGGGGCUGAAAGACGACGUGUUCUUUGGGAAGGCGCUCGAUCACUACACGCUGCACGAUGACAAGGUUUGUGCGCAUUUUGCGGAUGGGAGUGUCAAGGAUGGUGCUAUUCUGGUCGGUGCAGAUGGUGUGCGAUCUCGUGUUCGCAAGCAGCUUAUCCCGGGGGCCAAGGUCAUCGAUACAGGCAUGCGUGCCUUGUAUGGAAAGACACCCAUAACGCCAGAGUUUCUGGAGCGGUUUCCAGAGCAAUAUCAACGAGGAAUGAAUAUAGCUAUUGAUGACUCUGUUCCAGAGGGACAUGUGUAUCUGCUUUUUGAAUCCACGUGGUUCCCGAACGCGGAUAUUAUCUCUGAGCCUGAGCUUCCAAACCCGUAUGUUUACUGGGUUCUUGGGGCGCAUUCUUCAAGGUUAAACAUCCCGGAUGAGAAACUGGUAUCUCUUAGCAAUGACGAAGCAGCGGAUCUGGCGAUCCGUAUAACGGAAAGCUGGAGCCCUGGGCUGCGGGCCGUUUUUGAGAUGCAGGGUAGGGGACAAGCAUCGACGUUAAGACUCUCAUCCGCCCCGUUAGAUCUCCCCGUCUGGGAGGUUUCACCGCGAGUGACGCUGCUUGGUGAUGCGAUUCACGUAAUGCCGCCGACAGGAGCUUUGGGCCUUGUCACAGCCCUCAGGGAUUCGGCGGAUCUGGCUAGGAAAAUUGUUGAUGCUGGUGGCAUCGAGAACAUUGACGGGAGUGUGAUUGGUAGUUAUGAAAGUGACAUGAGAGAGUUUGCGAAGAUGGCUCUUGGGAGGAGUUGGCAUGGCGGUCUGAAGACCUUUGGACUGAAGCCGGUUGAGGAGUGUGAAAUGGUUGAUAUGUAA